AUGGCCUUCAACACGUACAAUGAGGGUCUCAAAAUCGCUUCCGUGCCUAGUCGGGCCAUUGCGGCCGAGUCGUCGAUAAGCUCGCUGUCUCCGCUCACGUCUCCGCUACCGACACUGAACAAGGCGUUUCAGCUUUAUAUCUCCGCAGCAGAAGCCUACUCACAUCUCUUGUCGUCCGCGCUGGUCGCAAAGACCGACCGCCCGACCGUCACGAAGAAAUGGCGCUUGGUGCUCGAGCGAGCGGAAAAGGUCAAGAAGCGGAUUACUGAGCUCGGUGGACGCGUUGGAGCGGCUGAGAUAGACGACGAGGCCGAGGAAGCAGCUGUCUGUCGCCGUGCGUCCAGGUUCAACAACGUAGUGGCCGAGCUGUGGAGGGCCCCUCCGCCCGAUCGCGAAUUCGUCGGCGACCGAUAUCGGGACCAGACUCAACCAGAGUUGGCUGACGAGCAACUCGCACACGACCCAGAAUGGGCAGAGGUUUCCCCGUCGCUAUGGGAUCUGAAGGGAGCAGACUGGCAAGUCAGCCAGGGUCCAGGUGCGGACUGCAGUGUCACUGCUGGAAUUGGCUCCUGCCUUGCUCAUAAUGAGCGCUGGGGGACGACUGAUGCAUUGUACCCUCAAGCGGUUUCAGGACAACCGAGGCGAUCAGAGAACGCGAAACACGUCGUCAAGCUCCUUCUGAACGGAGCGUGGAGAAAUAGGCCACUGCACAUCACAGCUCGGAACAACACUUCCCCAUUGGGACCUGCAUGGAUCCCGAUUGCAGUGAAGGGCUACUUCAAAGCGCGCGGAGGCUACUCGAUACCCGGGAGUAACCCAGCGCCGGACAUUUACGCGUUCACAGGAUGGAUCCCGGAGCAUCUUGACCUGAACAGUGGCUUCCGACGGGAAAAGGAGUGGAAGCGGUUGUAUGAUGCUUGGCAAAAGGGCCAGGUAAUCUUGACGCUCGGAUCCGGAGUGAACGUCAGCGAGGGCAUGGUACCGCUGCACGCGUACGACAUUCGCGAGACUGACGGUGACCGCCGGUUGGACAUCUUUGAUCCGGGGCUUGCUAGAGCCGAUCAUACGCUAGCUGAGAAGCUCGAGGGCAUGGACCUCAAUGGAGAACGGGCGAAUGGGUUCACCUUCUCUAUGAGCUGGGACGAGGUGUGCAGUAAAUUCGAGACCCUCAAUCUUAACUGGGACCCCGCCCUGUUACCAAACACGAUUUCCAGACACUGGUCUUGGCCAAAACCCGAAGCUCUUGAUGUUGAGACAGACAAUCUCUCUCAGAUGUGUCGGCAAAACGUGCUCGACGAUGUCGCUUUGCAUGUGUUCCGUGACUACACGAAGGGCGGACAGGGCCGUGAUAAAGGCCGGAUCAUCACCUCGGCACACCAGGAAACUGUACGUUACAUCGUCUUCGGCGCUGACUCCCAGAACCCGUACACCAACGCACUGCACACUCUCGUCCGCCUGCCUUUACGAGAGGGAGACAAUAUCUUCAAUGUGCUCGCUUCCCGUGACCGUGGACAUUUCCAGACGGGCUUCACCCUCACUGCUUUCGCCUCCCAGGACACGCAGUUGAAUUUGAGCAGAGUUAGCCUGGCUCUUCCGUUCAGUGAAACUUACAAGCUCACGGUCGGCCAGCCCACGAACGGCGCUGCGGGCGCCAAGAAGUCGACCCUGCGGCUAGAGCUGCAGGGCGCGAAGGAUAUGGCGUGGAACGUGAAGCUGCUGUGGGGCAACGGCGAACGUGUGUACGAUGACACGAUCGUGGUCGCUUCAGGUGCAUAUUCGUACGGCAUGGCGUAUUGCGAUAUCUCGGACGUCGAUGCCGGAACGUACACCGUUCUCGUUUCCUCGUACGAGCAGGACGACACGGGCCCAUUCACACUGUGUGUCGAGUCCUCGUCUCCGAUUUCGCUGUCGCCGAUUCCGGCGGAAGGUGCGGGCAUGUUCAGUCGAUCAGUCUCUGGGAAGUGGGACGAGACCACUGCCGGUGGUCGCCCGAGUGGUAACCAGUACGAUCGCAACCCGCACGUCGAGGUCGUGUUCUCCACGCCGGCGACGCUACAAGCACGGCUGCACCUGCCGACGCCGGGACCGAUUCCCAUCAAUCUGACGCUCUUCAGACGAGGUGUCGGAAACGAGCUUGGCGAGCUAGUCGCUACGAGCGGGCCGUACGUCGAGCGGAUGAGUGGUGUCUCGAUCGGGCGAACCAAGCUCGGCCCCGGCGUGUACGUGUUUGUGCCAUCGACGUAUGGGACGGGCGAGCUCGCGGACUGGGUGCUCGACGUAUGGGCGGACGCGGCGUUCAGCGUGGACUAG